UUGAAGGUUUCUCUUACACGUUCUAGCCUAUUCAUCAUCCACCUUGUUUUCUCUUCAAACUCAGCAAAACACUAAGCACCCAAGGCUAAGAUCAAGCAUUUUCAAACUUUGAGGAGUCUAGAAGGGAAUUAAGUGUCAAGAAGAUGGAUUAGCAGCAGUACAGGGCCAUCUUUAACCUUGGGGAUUCAAUCACAACUGAGGUCAUAAUGGCAGGGUCAUUAUUGGAGUGCGGUAUACACCCACUGGCAUAUCAUUAUUGUUAUCCAAAAAACUAGCAUAGAUGACGUGGAAAGUGAUUCCUGGACACGUGGCUGACAUUUGGAGGAGCUCUGCUAGGAUAUCGACCAGAAGGCACAUUAUAAGCCGUAGGCAGCCAAGUCUUUCCGCGACCAGUCUGGUCGAUGCUUCCGCAUUCAACAUGAUGUUACAAUAAAGAUCUUUGUAAAUCCUGAAAUUAACUCACACAAUCUCCUGAGUAUCCGAUUAUUUAGGAGAGAAUAUCUGUAACAAUCUCAUGUAAUCCCCCUUGAACCUAUAAAUAGAGAAAGAUAGCUCAAAGGAAGGGACAUUUUUGCCCUCAAAUUAUUUGAUACUAGAGUAAUUCUACCUGAAAUAUUGUAUUGUUCUUCAGAGGUCAGUGAAACUCACUGGACCCUAGUUCUUUGAUCACUCCUCUGAUUCUCACAUCAAUAACAAUCUAAGUGGACGUAGGUUAUUACCAGAUCCUAGGGCCGAACCACUAUAAAAUAUCGUAUUCUUAUUAUUUUCGUCAUUACGUUUCUUCCAACGCAUUUUUUCACAUCAAGCAUAUUUUGACUCCGUGUCAGUUGGCCAAAAUCUGGGUCAACAUUAUGGUGCUUUCAUUGAGAGCUUGGUAUAUCAUCAUUGAGAAAACCAAUGGCAAAAACUGCGAAGAAAACUGGACAGGCAGCCGCCGCUGCACCGUCAAACUCGCCGCCUCCUCCUCCUCCUGCAAGCGUGGCAGAGGAUGAGCCACAUUUGGACUUUGAGGAGGAAGAAAUGGAUGACGCGACGCUGAAAAGUACUCUGGGGGCGUUGCAUGAAGAGCUGGCCAAUCUGAGGGCCAGUCAGGAAAGUGCUGCCGAAAUCAUGGCGCGGCAGCAGCAGGAGAUUGAGCGGCAGCGCGCAGAUUUAAGCGAGAGGCAGGCGAAGAUGGACCGUCGCCAGAGCGAAGCCAUGGCAGCUCUCGAGGCAACCUUACAAUUGGCUAGGAAUCAGGCUGCACCUGCCUCGCAGCCUGAACAUCCUACAAAUGGGCCACCCCAAAGGGGUCCUAAUCCUAGCCCACCAAUCCAGCCCUCGAGUCCACAAAGGCCCGAGCAGCCUCAGGUGCCCCAUGACGAUGUCCCACUGGACCCUGAAGCACAGCCUCCAUCCCAAGCUAGUCGCGGCAAUCCCCCGCAACAGAGGCAGAAUAGGACCGAGCAUCAGCCUCGCAGUCCUAGAUGUCAUAGGGGUUAUGAGCCAAACCUACCGAACAGAGGUCAGUACCCUCCUGGUAACAGGAGGAACUCAGAGUUAGGCUCUGCGGUCCGGGGUCCCCCACAACAUGAUAAUGCACGGGGACACAACGACCAGCGCAGGCCACCCUCUAACGCUCGGGACGUUUCAGCCAGGGAUGAAAAUCGAGGGAACAGUCGAUCCCACCAUAGCCAAUCGAGGUUCAGAGAUGACCAUGGGUAUAAUGAGGCCGACUCAGGCAAGGGAAAUGCUGGUCAGAGGAAUGAAGAAAGAGGUAGAGGCGGGAGCCAGAUACCUCAAGAUGACCAACCUAAUAGACGGGAUGCUGGGGGGCAGCCCAGGCAAAAUAAUGUCUUCAACCGGCUCGGGGGUAGGGAGCAGCGGAGAAGAGAUGAGGAUUUGUGAGACGUACUCAACGAUCACCGCGAGCGGCAUGGCAAGAACGUCCCCCCAGCAAUAGAGGCCACAGCGAUUCCUGUCGCUGUACAGGCUCAGAUAGAUGCCCUCAACCAGGCGGUGCAACAGCUGGUCGGGGGAAGAACGUCUUACAUCGAACACGAUAGGAGGAAAGGCAUUCCUUUCGUCCAGAGGAUUGCUAUGGCUGAGACUCCUAGCAAGUUUAAAAUGCCUACGUACCAAAUUUUGAUGGGUACGGUGACCCAGUAUCCCACGUCAAUAAGUUUGAGAUACAGAUGGACAUUCACAAAGUGUCCGAAGACGCUCGGUGCAGGAUCUUCCCUGCGACACUUUCUGAGGCCGCGCAGGAGUGGUUUUUUAAGUUCCCUCCUGCAAGCAUAGUUUCCUGGGAGAUGUUCGUAAGAGAGUUUUACGGACAGUUCUAUGCAGGUCGUGUGCAUCCGACCGAGGCAAACUAGCUGGUUGAAAUUCGCCAGCAGGAUGGAGAAUCACUGAAGGACUACAUCCAGCACUUUAUGCGAGCAGCAGCUGGAGCAAAAACGGUGGGGGACGAAGGCAAAAUGAUGGCCAUAACCGCAGGGCUUAGGCGUCGCUCCCCCCUGUGGAAGAGCCUCCGUAAAGAUGGAGUUAGAACUACCCAGGAAUUCUUGGACUGAGAUGAUCGGUACAUCAAGCUCGAAGAUGCCAUUGUCGACGAUGGAAAGCCUUCAGGCAAGGAUAAGAAGGUUGUCGAGCCCGCCAAAGCCGCCAAUGGGUCUAAACCUAACGGCAACGGCAAAGGCAACGGGAACGGCAACGACAAUGGCAAGAAUGGUGGAAAACGGCCGCACAAUGAGCCUUCCACCUCCGACAAUAAACGAGCCAAGGGUAACCGUUAUGAACCUCGGUUCACUAACUACACUGCCCUCGUUGAGUCUCAGGGAGAGGUUUAUCAGGCCACAAGUUCUAGUGUGCCUUAUAAGAAACCUGGCCCCAUUCGAAAGGAUAUUUCGAAGAGAGACACUACCAAGUUCUGUCGUUAUCAUAACGACUACGAACACGACACCAACGAAUGCAACCAACUGAAAGACGAAAUCGAGUUCCUUAUUAGACAGGGACACUUGAGAAGAUACGUACGAGCCUCGGGAAAUUCCCAACGAGAGGCUCCAGGUAGCAACGAUCAGGCGCCCACGCGUUAACGCUCGCCACCCUUACAGCCUGCCCCCGUGACUGGCACACUCUUAACCAUUUGUGGAGGCCCGCACCUCGCAGGAAAUAGCGGAAAGGCCAGGGAAUGAUACGCUCGGACUCUGCGCCAUGACCAGGACAUCGAGAUGAUGACUGUGGAGGACCGCGCGCCAAAAAAGGCUCGAUCAGAGGAAGGCGAAAUAACCUUCUCCGAUAGCGAUGCCCAACACGUCCGGUUCCCACAUUCCAAUCCGCUGGUUGUGGAUAUCCAGAUGGCUAACAUGAUGGUAAAAAGAGUGAUGGUCGAUACAGGAAGUUCGGUGAAUAUCCUGUAUAAGUCUUCGCUGGAACACAUGAAGUUGUCCGUUAAGGACCUGGAGCCCUGCAACCAAACGAUAUACGGCUUCUCUGGAGAAGGACUCGCCCCCGCCGGAUUGAUCAAACUACCAGUGACAACAAGUACAGUGCCUGCUGCCAGGACACUACUCGCUACUUUUGUAGUAGUCGAUUGUCCUUCGGCGUACAAUGCCGUCAUUGGAAGGCCUAUACUGGUUGAUCUACGGGCCGUCAUCUCUAUGUGGCACUUAGCCAUGAAGUUCCCGACAGACGCAGGGGUAGGACGCGUGUUGGGGAACUAGAGGGAAGCCAGAGAGUGCUACAACGCCUCAAUCACAAAGGCGAAGAAUGGAACACCGAAGAGAACUACCUCGGAUAGGUUACAGAUGGCAGUUGACACACAAGCCCAAUCCGGUGAUGGGGUCACCAAAUAGGGUGUUGCCCAAAGUGAGGAUAGAGACUUAGAUCCUCGCUUUAGGGAUUUUGAAGAGAACGUUGGACCCGUCAAGGACCUGGAAGAGGUCUAACUCGACGAAAAAGACCCGACCAGAGUCGUAAAGGUCGGGAAAAACCUAGAAUCAACCACGAAACACGCGCUGGUGGAAUUUUUGCGAAAGAACCAGGAGGUUUUUGCCUGGUCGCACAAAGACAUGGAUGGGAUAGACCCUGCAGUUAUCAGCCAUGUCCUGAAUAUAGACAAGACUUUUCCACCCGUGCAACAAAAAAGAAGGCUGCUCGAUAAGGAUAGAUCGAGAGCCUUAAAAGAAGAAGUUGAAAGAUUAAAGGAGAAUGGGUUCAUCAGGGUGGAAUUUUAUCCAUCGUGGGUCUCCAAUCCAGUGCUGGUUCCCAAGCCUAACGGCAAAUGGCGAACCUGCAUGGAUUUUACAGACCUCAAUAAAGCCUGCCCAAAGGAUUGCUUCCCACUCCCGAGAAUCGACCAGCUGGUCGAUGCUACUGCAGGACACGAGAUCCUCUCAUUCAUGGAUGCAUAUUCGGGCUACAAUCAGAUUAGCAUGCAUCCCCCUGACGAGAAUCACACCAGCUUUUGGACCGAUACGGGCUUAUACUGUUACAAAGUAAUGCUUUUCGGACUGAAAAACGCAGGUGCGACUUACCAGCGGCUAGUCAACCACAUGUUUAAGGAGCUGAUCGGAGUAAACAUGGAAGUAUACGUGGAUGACAUGAUGGUAAAGUCUAAGAAGGCAGAAGGACAUGUGAAGGAUUUACAAGAGUGUUUUGAUGUAUUGAACGAAUACCAGAUGAAGCUAAAUCCCCUCAAAUGUUCCUUCGGAGUUGGAUCAGGGAAGUUUUUGGGAUUCAUUGUAAAUUCAAGAGGAAUCGAGGCCAACCCCGACAAAAUAAAGGCCCUGAUCGACAUGAAAUCGCCAGAAAGAAUCAAAGAUGUACAAAGUUUAACCGGGAGAAUCGCAGCCCUAAGCAGAUUUAUUUCGAAGUCAACAGACAAAUGCGUCCCUUUCUUCAAUCUACUUAGGGGCAAUAAGAAGUUUGAAUGGACAGGAGACUGCGAGCAGGUUUUUCAGGCCUUGAAAGCUCAUAUGGCACGACCUCCCAUUUUAUCAAAGCCAAUCGAAGGAGAAACUUUGUUUAUUUACCUGGCGAUUACUGAAGUUGCUGCUAGCGCGGUACUAGUGCGAGAAGAAGAAGGCGUACAAAAAGCGGUCUACUAUGUUAGCAAGAGACUGAUCGGGGCAGAACUGAGAUAUCCACCAAUCGAGAGGUUAGCAUAUUGCUUAAUCCUGGCCUCUAGGAAGCUGCGCCCUUACUUCCAAGCCCAUCCUAUCACAGUUUUAACUGACCAGCCCCUUCGGCAAGUCCUCCAAAAACCAGAAGCGGCUGGGCGAUUAUUAAAAUGGGCAGUCGAACUAGGGCAGUUCGAUAUAACUUAUUCACCGCGAGCAGCAGUAAAAGGACAAGUCUUGGCCGAUCUUAUUGCAGAGCUCACCGAACUCCCAGACAGCGAACAAUGCAAACAGCCUAGUGUGCCUAAGCCUCAAGAGAAAGCUCCUUCGUGGAAGUUAUUCACGGAUGGGUCGUCCAACGAAUCCCACGCUGGAGAGGGAGUGAUAUUGGUAACGCCAGAAGGGCAUCGAUUUCACUGCGCCCUCAGGUUCGACUUCACCGCGUCAAACAACGAAGCCGAAUACGAAGCACUCCUUGCUGGAUUGAGAAUGGCGAAAGACAUGAGCAUAAAGACCCUUGAUAUUUACAGUGACUCACAGCUGGUGGUGAACCAAGUUCUGGGAGAAUAUCAAGCACGAGGCUUAAAAAUGGUAGCCUACUUGAAUAAAACAAAAGACCUGCUGGCCCAGUUCACGAAAUACACCCUCCAACAAAUACCGCGGGAUCAGAAUUCAAACGCGGACGCCUUAGCCAAACUCGCGAGCAUGAAGGAUGUUGACACUUUGAACAUUGUGCCAGUAGAAAAACUGAGUGAGCCAAGCAUACAAGCGGUUGAGACCAAUAUGGAGAUUCGAAUGGAGGAUACAUGGGUGGCACCUUACUUGGAAUAUCUGACGAAUGGUGUGCUACCGACAGAUAGAAACAAAGCCAGAACUCUACAAAGACAGGUUGCUAGAUACAUACUGGUCGAUGGUGUUAUGUACCGAAGAGGAUAUUCCAUGCCACUACUCAGAUGCGUUACACCAGAAAAAGCUAAGGAACUCAUGAAGGAGGUGCAUGAAGGCUUCUGCGGGGAUCACGCUGGGGGGCAGAGUUUGGCAAAGAAGAUUCUAAGGCAAGGCUACUUCUGGCCAACCAUGAAAGAGGAUUCGAUGGAGUUUGUACGAAGAUGCGAUAAAUGUCAAAGGUUCUCCAAGAUUCCACGAGCAGCUCCAAACGAAUUGAAACAGAUGCAAAGCCCGUGGCCUUUUGCGGUGUGGGGGAUAGAUUUAAUUGGGUCCCUACCCACAGGAAAAGGUGGAGUAAAAUACGCAGUUGUGGCAGUCGACUACUUCACCAAAUGGGCCGAAGUUGAACCGCUCGCUACCAUAACGACCAAGAAAUUUCUUGACUUUGUCAUCAAGAACAUUGUUUGCCGGUAUGGCUUGCCCCGAAAGAUCGUUUCAGACAACGGAACCCAAUUUGACAGCGACUUAUUCACCGACUUCUGCGAAAGGCAUGGAGUUAUUAAAAGCUUUUCAUCAGUUGCGCAUCCCCAAGCAAACGGGCAGGUCGAGGCCGUGAAUAAAACUCUUAAGGACACCCUGAAGAAGAGGCUUGAAGAUGCUAAAGGAGCAUGGCCAGAGCAGCUGCCUGAAGUCCUCUGGUCGUAUAGAACGUCUCACCGAACAGCAACAGGUCAUACCCCAUUUUCCUUAGCUUACGGAUAUGAGGCUAUGUUACCUGUCGAGUUAGAUCCCCCCUCACAUCGACGCGUAACAUACGACCAGGACCAGAACAACCAACUAAUGAUGGAGUCCCUAGACUCAAUUGACAAGAUACGGGAGAAGACCCAACUCCGAGUUGCUGUGUACCAGCAAAAAGUCGCCCGGUACUUUAACUCCAAAGUUAAAGAAAGAAAAUUCAACGUCGGUGACUUGGUGCUGCGACGAGUUUUCUUAAACACCCGCGACCCCACUGCUGGAGUACUCGGACCUAAUUGGGAAGGACCUUACCAGAUUGAAGAAGUCCUUCAUCCGGGCACCUACAAACUUGCACGCCUAAACGGAGAUCUUGUUCCACGUUAUUGGAAUGGAGAACACCUGCGCAAGUAUUAUCAGUGAACAAUCCUUUUUAAAGGACUGGCUUGUAUUAAAUUUUACUUUUUACAAGUUUUGCAAAGAGGGUUAGCCACGUUGUAUGGCUAAUCGCUCGUAUAUGUAAGAUCCUAUUUUAGGAUCACUCGUAAAGACAUGUUUAGUCCAUUUUUAAUACGAGAUUAUAAGGGACUGUGCGCAGCCAAUAAUUCUUGCCAACCUUUGUAAAUUUAUAUUUACAAGUAUUUGUUCAUUACGUGUGUUGUUUUGCUGUAUUACAAGUAUUACUUUUCCACCCGAGCAGAAAUGUUCGAACAGGUCAUGGUCAAGGCAAGUGACCAAGGACCUAAAGCUCCUCGAUCACUUGGGGGCAUAUAAGGCACAUUGAUAGCAAAGAGUACCACUAGGUAUGUAAACACAUGAACAAAAUGAGUGAAAGCAUGCUAAGGUACUUAGAGUAUUUUUCAAAAUUUAUAUUUUGUUAAAUCAAGCCAAAGUACUAUGCUAAGUUCGGUCAUACGGACAGAUGUUAUAGUAAAUAAAAAUAUUAUAACAUUAUAAGGCAAUCUUUUACACCGCAAGCAUCACUACUUGGAUGUAAUUGUUCGAAUAAUUGGAAAGUUUGCUGCCCUUGCAUCAAAUUCAAAAAAAGAUAUUGUCUUUACAUCACAACCCGUGGGUCGUGUAAUUAAAGAAAGAAAAAAUAAUAAUAAAAGCUCAAGAGGCAUUAGGAGCAGGAGGGUCUUUAUCAGCAUUCUGAUUGGUCGCUUCCUCAACAACUCCUUCUUCCUCUGCGCCAGUGAUGCUUGGGGAAGCAGGGAACCUUGCUCUUGCCUCCUCUUCAGCCAAUUGAGCAGUGCAGCGGGCCAGCUCAGCAUUUCUAACAUCUUCUGAAAGAUAACCGAAGUUGGCGCCCUGAUUGUUUUUCCAGAAGUUAUAAAAACACCGGAGCGUCGCAUUCUUGUACCUUUCCAGAUCUUUGGCAUUGGAAAGCAUCAGCUGUUUUACUUGGCUCUCAAGAGUAGCGAUGGCCUUGUCCUUGGACUGGAGCUCAUCGCCUAGUCUCUUGCAUUCUCGAUAUUGGACUUGGCUGGCCUCCUGAUAAUCCUCCCUCUGCUUCCUCAUAACUGCCUUCGAAGCUUCAGCCUCCGAUAGCUUUGUCACCGCAGCAUCCCUCUGUUGGGUGAUCGCCUCCAACUCCUUCGCAUGCCUGGCCUCUGCAGCCUGAAGCUCCUCAGCUGCUUUCGCCUGGUACCUCUCGAUGGCCUUUGCUCGAGCCUGAUCGAUGGUGGCUUGGGCGCGGGUGCGAGCAGCAGUUGCAGUCAGCAAAGCCUGUGGACAAAAAAUAAAGUUAGAGCCUGUUGCAAAGAAUAAAAGACUAAGGCCAAAGAGAUAAGAAGUACUUACGCUGGCCAUUUCAUUUAGGGCCCUGUUCAGAAUUUGGUCGACCCCCAUAGUCUCUCCCUCAGCCAUCGCCUCCUUACAACGGUCAUACCUCACGAUGUGUGCAAGGCGGUCCUUGGCUGCUCGUAAGGCGCGGUUCGAGAGUUUGGCUCCAAGAGCUUCGUCCCUCUGGGUUUGUUCUUUGGCAAUUGCGGGCGGUGGAUUCGUCGGGGCAGGCGAAGUUUCCUUCUCAGCAGAGGCCGAAGGCUGAGCAGCAGUUUGCCCAGUUGGCACGUCCUUGGAAGGAUCUUCUGUUCGACCCUUCUUGGCAGGAGGUCCCUGGCUUGUUUCGCCAUUGUGUCUUCUGGACGACUUCUGCCGGACCAGAGGAACUUCUACUUCCUCCUUAGCCUGGUAUAAGUCAAAAACGUUGGGAGUGGCCAUAUCUGCAUACAAGUAAACACAUGCAAAUGAUAAGAUAAAGGCAGAUAAAAACUCUUUAUCAAACAGAAAAGAGGUCACAAAGUUAAUACCCGAGCUACAACUACUAGUCGCUAUACUAUUGACUCUAUUAGUCACACACUCACUAUCUGGCACGAAGAAUUCUGGCCCUAGAUUUGGAGCAUAUGUAAAGUUUCCCUCCCCGUCAAACACGUGAUAGGGAAUUGGCAAGCUAUUUAAAAGCGAAAUUACUGUACCGUUUUCAUCGGAGGAUUCCCCCAAGUCUACAAUCGGCUCUUUUGCCUUUUGUUUCCCCUUGCCAUGGGGAGCAGAGGGCUUUUCUGCAGUAGGAUCGCCCGUGGGUUCCCUGAUUGUAACCCCCGUCGGCCUCCUUCGUGGAGGGGACGCAGGGGAUUGCUGCUCGGGAACCCCCUCGGCAGCAGCAUCGGCUACCACGGGUCCUCUUGUUUCAUGGCGAGGAGCCAGGAGGCCAGACAGCCUCAGGUUUUCAUCAGUAACCAGGGACUUGACGCUUUUUUCUGCGUCUGUCAUCCUGGCCAAUGCGUUGGACCUCAACACCAUGUCUGGUGUUGGGGUCGGACGUAACCAUGGGCCUAAAAGAUAAAGAGUACUUUAAGAAAGAUGAAGGAAAUUUUGCUGUUGAAAAGUAUCGACCAGUAAAAGCAGCGCUUACCUCCUCGUGUGAAGGCCAGAUUGUUGCUGGUCAGGUCCGGCGUGAGGAAGUACUCCUUGCUGUACUACCCCACGUUGGAUAUAUGUGUGGUGUCGCUCAGGAACGUCCGGUUUGUCUCCUGGUGACAAAGAUGAAAGAAACCCGUCCCAUGUUGUUGAGGGUUGGAUUUGAGGUCGAAGAGAUAAUUGACCUCAUGGGGAGUAGGUUCUAGCCACUUUUUAAGUUUGUACAGGAUAUAGAGUGUAGCCAACAUUCUAUAUCCAUUUGGAGAGAUUUGAAAGGGGGCGACAUCGAAAUAAUUGGCCACCCCCUGAUAAAAAGGAUGUAGAGAGAGGGUAGCCCCCGCCUCUAUGUGAUACCGAGACCAAGCACUGUAUACACCUCCGGGGAGGUUAGCCCUUUGGUCUGCAGCAGGAAUUUUGAGGUUGACCCCUGUGAGAGGAUACUUCCUAAGAUAGUUAGCAAGCAUCCGAGGAGUCACUAGGCUGGUCGGGGAGAAAUACCACUCGACAUCAGGCAGAUUCUGAUGGUGAGGGCGGGCUCUAGUUUGGAUGUUAGGGUCAGGAGCAGGAUUUUCUCGACCGCUGGUCGAAGGAACCCUAGCCUGUAAAUCAGGCUGGGCAGGAGAGUUUGGACUACCGUCGAAUUCAGGUCUUUUCUUGCCUAAGGAUUUAGAACGGGCCAUUUGAGGAGGAGAAGGAUGAGGUCUGGAGGAAGAUCGUGAAAAAGGAAUCUCGUGAAUUUGGUCGGCCGAUUGUUCUUCACCUUCGAGCAGCUGAGCGAGAAGAUCGUCAUCAAUGGGUCGUUCACCUCCCUACAAAUCUGGCAUCAAAGUCUGCAAACAGAAGAAUGGGGAGGUGAGGAUAGAGAAUUUUUAAAGACUUUUUAGAAUAACGUUGGUCGAGUAUAAAAGUCAAGCUUUUAUACAGCAGCAUUCUAACGAAAGUUAAAAAAAUUUCACACGAGCAGUUUGAAAAACGGAUCAAAGGGUGAAAACAAAAAGUUUUUCGUAAAAGCUUUUUCAACUCCCCUUAGGGCGGGAAAAACCUAUUUUUCGGCUGGCCUAAAAAUCGAAUUUUUACUUCGGUUUUACGUCCUAAAAGUAUGAUCCCAACUAUCAAACUAACUCGUAACCUUUUUCACCUACAAGACAUUCUACUGACAAACAUCUCAACCCAAAAGCAGAUGAACUCAACAGUAAAACAUACAGGAACAUGCACUGCAAAAAUACGAAACAUAAAAGAUUCAAAGACUUACCAGAAAGAAGAUCGUGGAGAUUGGUAAAGAGUCUUCAGAGAUCGAGGAACUCUCGGGCUGAGUCUUGAAAGCGCAGAAGAACGGACUCUGGAAGAAGAUGAAAGCUCUGGUUUUAGGGUUUCUGGAAUGAGUAAUGGCGUGCAUAAAAAGAAAAAGAAAACUUCGGAGAUGUUAUAUAAGUUUGUCUGUGGCAUUAAAAAGGUGUAAUCAUCAGUUUCCCCUUUUUCGAAGUAUGGGGAAGCGAGAUAGCCGUCAAAUUACUACUGGGGAACCGAAAAGUCAUGAUUGGACAAGAGUAGGUUGCUUUUUCCAAGAACACACGAAGGGUUCUGACACGUAUGGCGGGGUCACCGAAGGGUCGUUUCCUCAAAAGUUUAUUUAUUGCUUGUAAUAAAUAAACUUGUGGGGCAAAUGUUAUCCAAAAAACUGGCAUAGAUGACGUGGCAAGUGAUUCCUGGACACGUGGCUGACAUUUGGAGGAACUCUGCUAGAAUAUCGACCAGAAGGCACAUUAUAAGUCGUAGGCAGCCAAGUCUUUCCUGCGACCAGUCUGGUUGAUGCUUCCGCAUUCAACAUGAUGUUACAAUAAAGAUCUUUGUAAAUCCCGAAAUUAACUCACACAAUCUCCCGAGUAUCCGAUUAUUUAGGAGAGAAUAUCUGUAACAAUCUCAUGUAAUCCCCCUUGAGCCUAUAAAUAGAGAAAGAUAGCUCAAAUGAAGGGACUUUUUUGCCCUCAAAUUAUUUGAUACUAGAGUAAUUCUACCUGAAAUAUAGUAUUGUUCUUCAGAGGUCAGUGAAACUCACUGGACCCUAGUUCUUUGAUCACUCCUCUGAUUCUCACAUCAAUAACAAUCUAAGUGGAUGUAGGUCAUUACCAGAUCCUGGGGCCGAACCACUAUAAAAUAUCGUGUUCUUAUUAUUUUCGUCAUUACGUUUCUUCCAACGCAUUCUUUCACAUCAAGCACAUUUUGACUCCGUGUCAGUUGGCCAAAAUCUGGGUCAACAAUUAUAUUUAAAUUUAAAUGUUAUAAAAUAUCAUUAUUAUAACAAUACUUAAUACAUAAUCUUAAGUUUUAUUAAAAAAUUUAUCAUUUAUAUUUAAAUAAGAAAACAUGUUAUUUUUUAUUACUUUAUCUAACUUAUAAAAUAUAUAUUCAUUUUAAAUAACAAUAAACAUUAUAUGUAGAUUAUAUAUGUGUUGUGUUGUGUGUACAUUUCUGUGUGAUUUGAAUAAUAUCAUGAAUGUUUUGUAACUUAUACAAGGUAGUUUUUUUAUCUAAAAUGUUAUCAUAUUAUUUUUAUAAAAAAACCAUAAAUAAUGUUUUGGUUUAAUUUUUUUUAAUAUGUUUAUGUCAUUCUUAUAUAUAUAUAAUAUUUUUUAUUUAAUUAAAAUAUAUAUAUAUAUGAGAAGCAUAAAAAAGUAAUACAUUUUCUAAAUAAAAUUAAACAAGCAUGCA